GAGAGAGGUUUCUCUACUCCUGACCUAGUUCUUCAAUCUUGAAUUUUGGGUCAUUUUGGUUCGUAGCAGAAACUCCGCAGCAAUCAGUAUCACUACUUCACACCACCAAGAGCAACCUCUUUGAAGAUUGGGACUCCAUAAAAAUCAUUUCUUUCACCUUUCUUCAAUCUUGAACGCCUUUAAUUUCAAGCUCUGCUCAUUUUCAACUCAUUCUACAAUCAAUUGUAAUUCAUCUUCUGUUUUUCCCCUUUUCUACAAAUUUUUUAAUUCAUCAUUACAACCUUUUGUUUGCCUGACUUGUUUAUGCGUUGGAUUCAUCGUGGAGUAGAAAGAGACGCGGCCAAAUCUUUUUUUUUGUUCUUCUGUUAGAUCCAAGUCAUCAUCUUUAUCUUCCUUUAUAUCUCUUGGAAAAGUGCCCUGUAUUUGUACAAAUGGGAAACACUUGUUUUCUUCUUUGAUUCUUUACUUAUAGGGUUUAAUUUGAUGAGCUAAAGAUUGGAUUUUUAUGCUUGUAUAGGGUUUAUUUCUCAAUUGUGGUUUGAUUUUUCAUUUGUUUUGCCUUUAGACGCUCUAGUUUUGAGUAUGCUAAUGAUUGGCUUCAUUUGUUUGACUUGCAUCUAAUACUUUUUUUUUAAAAAAAUUUGUGGGACAUUAUUUUUUGUUGUUGUUCUGAGAUUAUAUAGCUUUACUGGCUCGUGCAUUGCCUGAAUAAUUUAGCUUUACCUCCUUAGCUGAGUGUUCUUGAAGUUGUGAUCUUUUGCUCUGUUUCUUGCAGCUUUUGGUUAUAGUCGUGACAGCUUUUGGUCCGGUUAUAUCGUUGGGAGUGAGUAUAAUUUGGGGCUGAAAUUUCGUUGUGAUAGUGAUAGUAAGUAGUGUAUCUUUAGCUGUUGACUAGUGGGAGAUGGAGGAUGUUUUGUUUUGAUUUGUGUUUGAGGAUUGCUUAGAUGAUUAGUGCCGAAUAGGGUUGUAAUCGUUACAGACACAAUGGGUGGGCUUUGCUCGAGAAGGUCCACUGAUGAGACUACUCUGGGUAGUGCACUUCCUCAUGUUAAUGGCCGCUUCAGUUACGGCCCGGGACUAGUUUAUCAAUCCCGUGGACUGGACAUCCGAGAAGAGAACAUUCCGAGGGAUGUGGAAGUUACGGAUAAGCAACCGAGGGAACCAUUCUCCUUUCCAGAGUUGAGUUCUACUCCACAUGGAACAAACAUGGAUGAUAUAAAUGAUGGAAUACCUCGGUUGUCUAGGGCGUUAUCUGAUAAGUCUAGAUCAACGAGAACAAAGCAGGUUGCAUUGACAAAGGUUUCAGAAAUGAGUACACUUUUGGGCAGAGCAGGCCACGCCGGCCUGGGGAAAGCAGUUGAUGUGUUGGAUACUCUUGGUAGUAGCAUGACUAAUUUGAAUCUUAGCAGUGGUUUUGCAUCUGGAAUAGCUACAAAAGGAAUCAAAAUAUCGAUAUUGGCUUUUGAAGUGGCGAAUACCAUUGUUAAAGGUGCCAAUCUGAUGAAUUCACUUGCGGAAGAGAAUAUAAGACAUUUGAAGGAGGUGGUGCUCCCUUCUGAGGGCAUACAGCGUCUAACAUCGAGGGAUAUGGACGAACUAUUAAGAAUUGCUGCAGCCGACAAGAGGGAUGAAUUGAAGGUUUUCUCUGGAGAGGUCAUUCGCUUUGGGAAUCGGUGCAAGGAUCCUCAGUGGCACAACUUGGACCGUUACUUUGAGAAGUUGGAGUCAGAACUCACACCUCACAAGCAAUUGAAAGAAGAAGCAGAAAGUGUGAUUCAAUAUUUGAUGGUCUUGGUUCAGAACACUGCUGAACUAUACCAUGAAAUGCAUGCACUAGAUAGAUUCGAACAAGACUGUCGGCGCAAAGCUCAAGAAGAGGAUAACUCAAACGCUGCACACAGAGGCGACAGCCUCGCGAUUCUACGUGCAGAGCUGAAGAGUCAAAAGAAGCAUGUAAAGAAUUUGAAAAAGAAGUCUCUAUGGUCCAAGAUAUUGGAGGAGGUGAUGGAGAAGCUUGUGGACAUCGUUCAUUAUCUACAUUUGGAGAUCCAUUCUGCAUUUGGUUCCAGUGAUGGAUACAAGCCGACAGAAGACCGCCAUCAGAAGUUAGGAUCUGCUGGACUUGCACUCCAUUAUGCGAAUAUCAUAACACAGAUUGAUACACUCGUCACUAGAUCAGGAUCGGUGCCACCAAGUACGAGAGACGCUUUAUACCAGGGAUUGCCACCAACUAUAAAGUGUGCUUUGCGUUCUAGACUGCAAUCUUUCCAACUCAAAGAAGAGUUUUCUGUCCCACAAAUCAAAGAAGAAAUGGAGAAAACUCUCCAAUGGCUGGUGCCUAUGGCCACCAAUACAACAAAGGCUCACCACGGCUUUGGUUGGGUUGGCGAAUGGGCAAAUACCGGAUCCGAGAUGAACAACAAACUAGCCGGCCAGACGGAUUUGCUCCGUAUCGAAACCCUUUAUCACGCGGACAAGGAGAAAACGGAAGCUUACAUUCUUGAUUUGGUACUAUGGCUGCAUCAUCUCAUUAGCCGAUCAAGGGCUGCAAACGGUGGGCUCAAAUCGCCCGUCAAAUCCCCGAUCCGGUCCCCUAACCAGAAGACGCUCCAUCUGUCGAGCCCGAUACCGAGCUCGCCCUCCUCAACGCUGUCGGUCGAGGACCAGGAGAUGCUCCGAGACGUCAGUAAGCGGAAGCUGACUCCCGGGAUAAGCAAGAGCCAAGAAUUCAGCAAAUCAAGAACCAGUCUUUCCAAGCGCCACAGGCUAACGAAGAGCAACAGCCAUUCUCCGACACAUGAAACCAUGAGGGAGAGGGAUCCCUUCCCUAUUCGAAGGCCGUCCUCGGUCCCGAUCAUUAAUUUCGACAUCGACCGGAUCAAGGCGUUGGACAUGAUCGACAGAGUCGACACAAUUUGAAUUGAAGCCUCAAGGCAUGCUUUCGUGAUACAUUUCCCCCGCGCACGCUCGUCUCUAGUUUGCAGUUUCGCGUCGUUUAUGCUGCGCACGAGCUCGUCCCCUCAGAAAGCCGCAGCGGGUGGGGAGGAAGAGCCAUUGCAGCGCGUGUUGUACAUGGAGAGUCGUAUCUUAGGUAUACUGGUUUUCCCCGUGCGAUCGAGAUCAAGAAAACGGGCAAGCUCCGAUGACGUUUUGCCGGAGUUUGUGUCAGUUCAGUACAAGUGAGUGUAGUUUCCAUCAGUAUAUGUACAGAAUGAGGUAAACUUGUUGAAGCCUAUUGUUGAUGAGUUCCAUUUCUGCCCUUCUAAACUAAUCUUGUGUUGUGAUAAAUAAAGAAAGCAUUCUCUA